UUAGUAUUUUAAACCAAGGCAUCCAUUUUUUUUAAAGAAGAAAAGUUAAAGUAAUAAAGCAAGAGCACAAAUAUGACAGUAAAAUUUUUUAGUUUGACGAUUAUUGUAUUUGCUACGAUUGUAUGUGCUUCUUCAUCAUCAUUAACCGAAGAAAAGGUAGAAAAUGUAUAUGGUCCAAGUAUAACAGACGGAAAUUGUACUAGUACACCAGCUAAUGAGUUGGUUUAUACUGAUCACAUUGAGAAAAGAUUCAUUCCAUUUUACGAAAGGAGUGAGACAUCGAUUUACUAUGGUGACAAGAUAAUAUACUGCAUUAAAGUGAAAAAUCUAAGAACUUCGAAUGUAGGACAUGCUAAAAUCAUUGGAGGUGGUGUCGAACAUCCUUUUGCUAGGAUUUAUACCGAAUCUGCUAGAAGUCAUGGUAUGGAUUUUAAAAUUUACAUUUAUGCCAAAUAGGCAAUACAGUUUUCUUGUUGUAUCCAAUAUUUAAUAAAAUAACUAUUUAUGA